CGUCUUCAGGAACUUCAGCAAUCGCUCGAUGCGGCUCAAUCGAAACUGGCGGCACUGGAAAAGCAGAAGUCGCGGCUGGCCGUUGAUACGGAAGAGGCUCACGCCGAGGCGGAACGUCACCAGACGCAAAUCACGCAAAUGGAGAAACGACAGAAGCAAUUCGAUCGUAUCAUCGACGAGUGGAAGCAUAAACUGGACGAUGUGAAUCAGGAGCUGGACGCAGUGCAACGGGACGGCCGAAACUCGUCCACCGAGCUCUUUAAGGUGCGUUCGUCGAAUGAGCAGUUGGGCGAGCAGGUGGACGCGAUGCGACGUGACAACAAAACACUCGCCCAAGAGAUCAAAGAUCUGCAAGAGCAAUUGACAGACGGCGGCAGAUCAGUGCACGAGCUGCAGAAGGUGGUGAGACGUCUGGACAUCGAGAAGGACGAACUGCAGCGAGCGUUGGAUGAAGCGGAAGCGGCGCUCGAGGCCGAAGAGAGUAAGGUGGCCAGAUCACAGGCGGAGGUCACGCAGAUCCGUUCCGAGAUCGAGAAACGCAUUCAGGAGAAGGAUGAGGAGUUCGAGAACACCCGCAAGAAUCAUCAGCGCGCGUUGGAUUCAAUGCAAGCAACCCUCGAAAGUGAAAUGAAAGGAAAAGCCGAACUGCUACGUGCCAAGAAGAAUCUCGAAUCGGAGAUCAACGAUUUGGAAAUAGCGUUGGAUCACGCCAAUAAAGCGAACGUGGACGCUCAGAAGAGCAUUAAGAGGCACAUGGAGCAGAUCAAAGACCUGCAGAUGCAGAUCGACGAAGAGCAGCGCAAUCGCGAGGAAUUCCGCGAGAACUACCUAUCGGCCGAGAAACGUCUGGCGUUGGCACAAUCCGAAAAAGAGGACAUUCAGGCGAAUAUCAUGCAGACGGAAAGACUGAAGAAGCAGCAAGAAGCUGAACUGGCCGAAUGUAAACAGCAAAGCAGUGAGUUGACGACGAGGAAUGCGAACUUGAAAGCGGCUAAAAAGAAGCUCGAAGCCGAAAUGCAGUUGAUCAGAGUGAGGAGUUUAUGGAUUUGGGUGUUUGGGUUUGUGAUCUGGGGAUGUUGGUGGAUUUAUGGGGUGGAUUAUGGAUGA